AUGGGCGUCGCCGGCGGCGAUGGCAGCACCAAGCCCCCCGCGGCCGCCAUGGACGUCGAGUCCUCGACGGCGGUCGUGGCGCAGCCGACCUCGGUGCUGAGGUCCGUGCUGCUGUCCUACGCGUACGUGGCCGUGUGGAUCAGCCUCAGCUUCACGGUGAUCGUGUACAACAAGUACAUCCUCGACCCCAAGAUGUACGACUGGCCCUUCCCCAUCUCGCUCACCAUGAUCCACAUGGCCUUCUGCGCCUCCCUCGCCGCCGCGCUCGUCCGCGUCUUCCGCCUCGUCGACCUCCCCGCCGACCCGCCCAUGACGCCCUCGCUCUACGUCGCCACCGUCGUCCCCAUCGGCGCGCUCUACGCGCUCUCCCUCUGGUUCUCCAACUCCGCCUACAUCUACCUCUCCGUCUCCUUCAUCCAGAUGCUCAAGGCGCUCAUGCCCGUCGCCGUCUACUCCCUCGCCAUCGCCUUCCGAACCGAGACCUUCCGCAGGGCCUCCAUGCUCAACAUGCUCGGCAUCUCCGCGGGGGUCGCCGUCGCGGCCUUCGGGGAGGCGCGCUUCGACGUCUUCGGCGUCACGCUCCAGCUCGCCGCCGUCGCCGCCGAGGCCACGCGCCUCGUGCUCAUCCAGAUACUGCUCACCUCCAGGGGCAUCAAGCUCAACCCCAUCACCUCGCUCUACUACAUCGCCCCCUGCUGCCUGCUCUUCCUCACCGUGCCGUGGACGUUCGUCGAGCUGCCGAGGCUGCAGGCGGCGUCCGCGGCCGGGAUCGUCCGGCCAGACGUGGUCGUUUUCGGGACCAAUUCGCUGUGCGCCUUCGCGCUGAACCUGGCGGUGUUCCUGCUGGUGGGGAAGACGUCGGCGCUGACCAUGAACGUGGCAGGGGUGGUCAAGGACUGGCUGCUCAUCGCCUUCUCAUGGUCGGUCAUCCAGGACACCGUGACACCAGUGAACCUCGCCGGCUACGCCAUUGCCUUCCUUGGCGUCGCCUACUACAACCACGCCAAGUUGCAGGCGCUCAAGGCAAAGGAGGCCGAGAGGAAGGGGAAUGCCGAGGCCGGUGCGCGACUUCUGACGCCGGAGAAGGAGGCAAAUGCGCGCAAGAACUGA